AUGGCUCUCAUCCGAUCAGCGGUCUGUAGGGUCUGCAGACGGUCGCAACUCCAAGUGCGACGGGGCUUUGCGACAGCCAGCAGCCAACAGGCAACCCCGAACAACAGGGUCAAGCUUGUCGAAGUUGGCCCUCGCGAUGGGCUACAAAACGAGAAGAAGGCAAUUCCUCUUGCCACCAAAAUUGAUUUGAUUGAGAGAUUAGCAAGGACUGGCGUUUCUACUAUUGAGGCCGGGUCUUUCGUGUCACCCAAGUGGGUUCCUCAGAUGGCCAAUUCGAGCGAGAUCCUCGAGCACCUGCUUCAGAAGAAAGUGCAAGCGCCUGUCCCCAUGACAUAUUCCUUCUUGGCACCCAACACCAAGGGUCUCCAAAACUGUGCCGACAUCCUGAAAGCCAACCCGGAGACCUUCUCCACGCAACUCGACCCUCGAAGCGUUAGCAAAGGUCACCCCAAGCCUGCGGUGGAAGUAGCGGUAUUUGCGGCAUCCACCGAGAGUUUCUCCCAAAAGAACCUCAACUGUGAUAUCCAGACGUCCUUGGAGCGAUUCAAGGCCGUCAUUCAGGACUCCAAGGCACUUGGUCUUCGGGUCCGUGCGUACAUCUCUGUUGUCCUGGGAUGCCCUUUCGAGGGGUUCGACGUCGACCCCCACAAGGUUGCUGAAAUCGCCACGGAUCUUCUCGAGUCGGGAGCUGAUGAGAUUUCACUUGGCGAUACUACCGGCAUGGGUACUGCGCCUCGCACCAGUGCCUUGCUGAGAUGCAUGUCUGCUGCGGGUAUUCGCACCGAGGACAUCGCCAUGCACUUUCAUGACACGUAUGGCCAGGCAUUGGUCAAUACUGCGGUAUCGUUGGAGCACGGCAUCAGAACGUUUGAUAGUAGUGUGGGUGGCCUGGGCGGCUGUCCUUAUAGCCCUGGCGCGACUGGCAAUGUUGCCACGGAGAACAUGGUAUAUUUUAUGGAAACGCUGGGUAUGGAUACUGGCAUUGAUUUGGACGCCAUGUCUGACAUUGGGUCGUGGAUUGCGUCGGAGCUGGGCAAGGCGAAUGACAGCACGGUUGGGAAAGCGGUGCUCGGGGCUCGGGCUCGGGCUAGGGCUGGGACUGAGACCGCCAAGGCUGCUUAA